UCUUGUCGAAGGACUGGAUAUGCGCGGCACUCCCACUUCGGUCCAUUUCUCCCAGCUUUUAUUCAUCCUCCGCGAAUCAGUCCCGCCUAUGUGGCUCCGUUGGCGCUGUGGCUCGUAGCUUCCCGCGCUUUUGCCACUCGGAGCUCGCGUCACCGCGUGCUGAGACGCGCCCCGCCAUUUUUUGGAUGUCUCGAUUCGCGUCGGCUAUGGGAUUGCGCGCGGUCUCUCUGUCGGAGACUGUUUUGGUCAUAUGAGUACAUCAACGCACGUGGCGACUCAGUGCUGAGGCGGCGGGGAGUGAAGAAACUGCAGCUGCCGGGAGCUGCUCGGCGCGCCUGUGGGACCUGGUGUCUUGAGCGCGCGGCGCAGCUGUUUGCGCAGAGGUCACAAGUCAGCUAUGGCUGCAGCGAUGGCGUCGGCUACCUCCUUGUGCGCUGUUGCCAGCCUUGCUCUGCAGUCUCGCUCUCCGUCCCCCGCUGCCGUCAAUUCGGCGGCAUCGACGUCUUGCGAAACGCCCGCCUCGCUGCGCGCAGGGUACGCCGGAUGUGCGCGCUUGGCUAGUUCGUCUCCGCUGAGCAUUGCACCGCGCUCGGGGACAAAUGAGGCUGCAGCGAUGUCGUUCUGUGCGAGUGCUUUCAUGUCGGGCGGGAGCGAUGGCGAACUCCUCCGACAUGCGGCGGAUAUGGCUACACCGUCUUCCAUGGCCAGCAAGACAACACGGAUUGUCAAACGGGUGGUCUCGCCAAGGGCCGUGUCAGAUUCCAAUCAGCCUGACACCUGCCUCGAGCCCGACGCUGGAAGGAGCGUGCUCGGCAUUAUCCUUGGAGGAGGGGCGGGGACUCGGCUUUAUCCGCUGACCAAGAAGCGCGCGAAGCCUGCUGUCCCUCUUGGCGCGAACUACAGGCUGAUCGAUAUCCCUGUGAGCAAUUGCAUCAACAGCAAUAUUCGCAAAAUCUAUGUGCUCACCCAAUUCAACUCUGCGUCUUUAAAUCGUCACCUCUCGCGAGCAUAUGCAAGCAACAUGGGCGGAUAUAAAAACGAAGGUUUCGUCGAAGUCCUGGCUGCUCAACAGAGUCCCGAGAACCCCAAUUGGUUCCAGGGGACUGCCGAUGCUGUUCGUCAAUAUCUGUGGUUGUUUGAAGAGAGCGAUGUUCUCGAGUACCUGAUUUUGGCGGGAGAUCAUCUUUACCGAAUGGAUUACCAGAAGUUCAUCGAGCAUCACCGGGUGACCAACGCCGACAUCACAGUCGCAGCGCUGCCCAUGGACGAGAAACGCGCCACUGCUUUUGGUCUCAUGAAGAUCGACUCCAGAGGGAGAAUUGUGGAAUUUGCCGAGAAACCCAAGGGAGAUGCAUUGAAGCAUAUGCAGGUGGACACAACCAUUCUGGGCCUGGACGAAGAGCGUGCCAAGGAGAUGCCCUACAUUGCCAGCAUGGGCAUUUACGUAAUCAGCAAGGAGAGCAUGAUCAAGCUGCUUCGUGACGACUUUCCCGAAGCCAACGACUUCGGCAGCGAGGUCAUUCCAGGUGCCACUGCUCGCGGACUCAAUGUGCAGGCUUAUCUCUACGACGGCUACUGGGAAGACAUUGGAACGAUCGAGGCCUUUUACAAUGCCAACCUGUCCCUCACCAAGCAACUGGACCCGGAAUUCAGCUUCUACGAUCGGUCUGCUCCCAUUUACACGCAGGCUCGGUACUUGCCGCCUUCGAAGAUGAUCGAUGCCGAUGUCAUCGACAGUGUGGUUGGUGAGGGAUGUGUGAUCAAGAAUUGCACCGUUUCACAUUCCGUCGUAGGAUUGCGGUCGUGGAUUGACGAAGGGGCGGUCGUUCAGGACACGCUGCUGAUGGGAUCGGAUUACUACGAGACGGACGAGGAGAGGAAGGAAAUCGUCAGCACCGGUGGCGUGCCCAUGGGAAUUGGCAAGAACUCCAUCAUCAAACGAGCCAUCAUCGACAAGAAUGCCAGGGUCGGAGAGAACGUGCAGAUUGUCAACAAGGAUAAUGUGCUGGAACUCGAGAGGGAAGAGGAGGGGUACUACAUCAAGGGUGGUAUUGUGACCGUCAUUAAGGAUGCAACCAUUCCUCACGGCGCCAUCAUAUAAAAUGGAUGUAGUUAUUCCUUGCAGCGUGAUAAUCAUACGGAGGAUGCUACUGACAAAGAAAUGCACACUUUGAUUGUGUGCAUGUGUAAUGCUCUGGCAGCUCCAUCAGUCUUCUUGUACUGGUUCAGACUCUUCACAGAGUCUUCAGAGUUCGAGCGGGCGAUUGUUCAUUGUGUGGUCAAUAAGAUGUAGAUAGGAUUAAACUAGAUUAGAUAGCCUGAGGUUUGAUUGGUAGAGAUUCUAGAGAAUGAUGAAGAGAGACCAAGGGAGAGAACGAAAAAGGUCACCAUACACGCACACACACGCCCGCUCAAACACAUGGAGAGAGAGAGAGAGAGAGAGAGAGAGAGAGAGAGAGGGAGAGUUUUUUUUGUUAUCUUUGGCUUGACUGAUUUUGUAGGUUACCAAAUUUCCCGGGGGGAAUCUGAUUUUUGAAAGAAGUGAAUAGCCGUUGCUGUCAAUAAAAAUUGACGUUGUUGUGGCUGCCGCUGCUUUUAGUCAGCAGCUAGUGGGUAGUGUAGAGGAGACUGUACGUUCUUUGUGAGCCGGUCGUCACGAAGUGACAAAGGUGGUGAGAAUUUCCAGGUCCAACAUUGUAUUUUCUUUUGGGGACUAGAUUGACAUCAAAUAAAAGAAAAGAAAACGC